AUGGUUUCUGCCAAGAAGGAGAUGGUGACUGCGAUGUACCCCAGUUAUAUUUCGACUCUCUUCUACCUUUUCUGCCUGACUGCUUGUGUAAAGAGAAUCUCUGGAACGAUAAAAAAGGAUGAGAGAAUAUAUCCUGAGAAUUUCACACGCAUUUUAGACCGACUACUGGACGGGUAUGACAACAGACUGCGACCUGGAUUUGGUGGUCCAGUGACAGAGGUGAAAACAGACAUUUAUGUGACAAGUUUCGGGCCUGUCUCUGAUGUUGAAAUGGAGUACACCAUGGACGUGUUCUUCAGACAGACAUGGAUGGACAGGAGGCUGAGGUAUGAGGGGCCUAUCGAGAUCCUCCGCCUCAACAACAUGAUGGUCUCCAAUGUGUGGACUCCAGACACCUUCUUCAGGAAUGGCAAGAGGUCUGUGGCCCACAACAUGACUGCCCCCAACAGGCUAUUCCGCAUCAUGAAGAACGGCACCAUUCUUUACACCAUGAGGUUGACUAUCAGCGCAGAGUGUCCCAUGAAGCUGGUUGACUUCCCCAUGGAUGGACAUGCAUGCCCUCUCAAGUUUGGAAGCUAUGCAUACCCUAAAACAGAGAUGAUCUAUACCUGGACCAAAGGACCACAGUAUUCAGUGGAGGUUCCCCAAGAAUCCUCCAGUCUAGUGCAGUAUGAUCUCAUUGGCCACACUGUCAGCAGUGAAGAGGUCAAGUCAAUCACAGGUGAAUACGUGGUGAUGACAGUGCACUUCCACUUGAAGCGGAAAAUGGGCUACUUCAUGAUUCAGACGUAUAUCCCCUGCAUCAUGACAGUAAUCCUCUCCCAAGUAUCCUUCUGGAUAAAUAAGGAAUCAGUUCCGGCUCGAACAGUCUUCGGCAUCACCACAGUCUUGACCAUGACCACGUUAAGCAUCAGUGCGCGCCACUCCCUCCCCAAGGUCUCCUACGCCACAGCCAUGGACUGGUUUAUUGCCGUGUGUUUCGCCUUUGUCUUCUCCGCCCUCAUCGAGUUCGCUGCCGUCAACUACUUUACCAACGCAGAGAUGGAGAGACUGAAAAGGAAGCCGGCAAAAUGCCCACCGGCGCCCCAAACAACCCCAGUGAAAGUGAAGGAUAUGGAGGAAGUUCUGCAGCAUAACCCUGACACCAACGGUAACGCAGACACCAACGGUAACCUUCGAAAACGGAUGAACUACAUGUCCCAGCAAGACAUCCAGAAAGCUGAGUCCAACAGCGAAGCAGCUACAGGGGUAACCAGGAGACAACCCCAGUCUGGCCAAUCGUCUUCAUCCACGGGGUCGACUGGGGACGCCAUCAUCCUACCACACUCCAGCCCCGGCCCUGCCAGCCAACCGAACACCUCCUUCACCAUCCUGUCCGUCAAGAACACGCCCCCGGCUCCACCCACCACCCCGACAAUACCAGCCAAUCAGAGCCAGUCCACCGCUGACUCCUCCCUCCAGGACCUCCUAGGACCUAGACUGGAGCACAUUCAACUGAUGGGUAAAAAUGAGCCCAAGCAGUCGCCAUGCUCCCAGCCGACCACCACCGGUAUGGGCGGGACCAGUAAAAUCGACAAGUAUGCUCGCAUCCUGUUCCCAGUGUCCUUCGGAGCCUUCAACAUGGUCUACUGGGUGGUUUACUUGUCCAAAGACACCAUGGAGGCCAAAUUUCGAGGCCAAAUCUAG